UAUUGAUAUGUGCAUAUAUACAUAUGUACGUAGAAAGUCACAUUCGCAGUCUUCAUCAUCGCAAACACGUUAUUCUCUUAAUUUGUUUUUAUAAUAUUUAUGGGUGGCACACGUUCAGUGUCGUCAUUAUUCGCUCUCUGCAUUUGUUGUACAAACAGCUGAUAUGAGAAAGUGAUAUGAUUGCAAAAGUAAAAUUUUAGUAUUAAAAUGUCGUUUGAGUUAAUUAUCGAGUGUUUUCUGAAAUAUAACAUUUUUAAUCAUUUUAUCCGUUCAACUUGUUGUUAUUCUUGUUUGUGAUUUUCGACUAUGAUAUACGUGUGUGUUUAUAUAUCGCCGUUUUCCAUGUUCGCUUUCGACUUCCUUAUCUACUGUGCUACCGUUACUAUGAUUACAAAUGGAUACAAAAACGUAACUAAUAAUUGACAUUUUCUUUACUUGCCAUGGCUGUCGUUGGGUAUCUUAUUCACUUCGCAAUAGCGUUAGUUAUUGUGAAUAAAGAAGUGACGCCUACACGCGGAAUGCUUUACCCACGGGAGUCCGAAACGCGGGAGAUGCGUUCAUUGGAUGGAUUAUGGAACUUUGUCACAUCGGACGAAGCAAAUCCAACACAGGGAGUACGAGAUAAAUGGUUUGGAGACGAUUUGAGUAAGGUAAAAAAUGUGAUCCCCAUGCCAGUGCCUGCUAGUUAUAACGAUAUAACAACAGACAAUACAAUCCGCGAUCAUGUUGGUACUGUAUGGUACGAUCGCAAAUUUUUCGUUCCACGGUCCUGGGCGAAAGAUCAACGAGUAUGGCUUCGAUUUGGCAGUGUGCACUACGAGGCCUUUGUGUGGAUUAAUGGAGAAAUGGUCGUAAAACAUGAAAUGGGUCAUUUGCCUUUCGAAGCGGAAGUUACAAAUUUUGUAAAAUACGGCGAGGAAAAUCGUAUUACCGUUAUGUGCGACAAUGCGCUUAUACAAACCACAGUGCCUCAGGGAAAAAUUAGCGAAGUUAAGAAGGAUGGAGGAGUUGCAAUAGUUCAAACUUAUACAUUUGACUUCUUCAACUACGCAGGAAUACAUCGCUCCGUCCAUUUGUAUACCACACCAAAAACUUUCAUCGAAGAGGUUGAAGUCACUUCCGAUUUGGCAGAAAAUUCAGUGGGGCAUGUAUAUUAUAAAGUAAAAGUGAGCGGAACUGCCUCGAACGAAGCCGACAGUUCUCUACAAAUUCGAGUGCAACUGCGAAACAAAGAAGGUGCCAUUGUUUCCAAUAGUACAUCCAAUGGCGAUUUGACUGGUGUACUGGAAGUAAAUAAAGCAAAUCCCUGGUGGCCAUAUUUAAUGCAUCCUAAACCUGGUUACCUUUAUCAAAUGGAAUUAUUUUUACACGCUGCUGAUAAUACUUUAAUAGACAUUUAUCGACUGAAGGUUGGAAUACGCACACUUACCUGGAAUAAUACCUCAUUCCUUAUCAAUGGACGGCCAGUGUACUUCAGAGGUUUCGGCAAGCAUGAAGAUUCAGAUAUACGUGGAAAGGGAUUAGACUUCGCGUUACUAACUCGUGACAUGAAUUUGUUGAAAUGGAUCGGUGCAAAUGCAUAUCGCACUUCACAUUAUCCCUACUCCGAAGAGUCCAUGCAGUUUGCCGAUGAAAAUGGCAUUAUGAUAAUCGAUGAAUGUCCAAGUGUUGAUACGGACAAUUACAACCAGGCAUUAUUGGACAAACAUAAAUCCGCCAUGGAGCAGCUGAUACAUAGGGAUCGGAAUCAUCCAAGUGUGAUUAUGUGGUCUAUUGCGAACGAGCCCCGCACUAGUCCAUUUCAAGCCGAUUCUCACUUUCAAUUUGUAGCCAACUUCACACGUGCACUUGAUAGCACAAGGCCCGUAACUGCAGCCAUUGCCGUGCCCUCGGGCAGUGAUCGAGCUGCUAAACAUUUGGAUAUAAUAUGCUUUAAUCGUUAUAAUGGAUGGUAUAGUAAUCCCGGAAAAUUGGAUAUGAUCACUACAAACGUCGUCGAGGAAGCGAUUACUUGGAACAAAAAACACAACAAACCGGUGAUGAUUGGGGAAUAUGGUGCUGACACCAUCGAAGGAUUACAUUUGCUUCCAGCUUAUAUUUGGUCUGAAGAAUACCAAAAUGAAUUAUUCUCGAAGCACUUCAAGGCAUUUGACAUACUUCGAAAAAAGCAGUGGUUUAUUGGCGAAUUCGUUUGGAACUUCGCGGAUUUCAAGACAGCACAAUCGAUAACACGCGUGGGCGGUAAUAAAAAAGGGGUUUUCACACGUAAUCGUCAGCCAAAGGCCACGGCUCAUCUACUGCGAAAACGCUAUUUUGCCCUUGGUAGUGAAAUAGAUCAUUGUAAUGUUCCAGAGGAUAUUUUCCUUUAUAUCACCGAUGCAUCUUCAACUAUGUCGCGUAGUAAACGAGAGGGAGCUGAUUUAUAGAACGUGUUUAAAACCACUGAGUGUAUGUAGAUCCUAACUAAAUAAGUAAUAGCAGCUCCAAUUUCAAGUUCAAUUAAGCAUUUUACUUUUUGUCUUUUGACUGGCUGAAUUUUCGUAUAUCGUAAUACAUAAACAAAUUAUUUUGUAUUAAAAAAACAUAUUUUUAUACACAUGUAUUAAGCUUUAAUAAACUUAAUGUUAGUGUUAAUGAUAAUAAAGUGUUAAAUGUGUAUAUUACUUAUUGAGUAUAUUGUAGCUACAUACAUACAUACAUACAUGCAUAUAAACAUGAGCAAUUGAAAUAUUUCCAUUGGACCUAAGGUCUAAAUUUUAUACAUUUGGUACAAUAUUACAGCACUUUAAGACUUAAAAGACAUUUGUACAGAGUUUAUACACAAAUAAGUAAAAAAUAAUAAUAAUUGUACGAGUAAUUCACAAAUGCCUUAAAUUCUGUAUGAUUUUGUUUAUGCGUUACUGUAAAAUGAUGUACAAGUGCUUUAAUUUCAAGAUAUGUUAUAAAGUAACGAAUAAAUAUUUAUUUAUUGCACCCAAAGA